AUGGCUACUACCCACGAAGCCUCUAUGCAGAGCCAUGCUGCUUCAGACACGGCUCAACUCGUCAGGGAACAUUCGCAUGCAUUCCAGAACACAUUAAACACCACCCAAUGUGAUAGCAAGCCUGAAACCGAGCCGGUGGCUGCUGCUGAGCAAGCACCUGAGGCAAGGAACGAGCCACUCAAGGCCGAAGCACCGAAGCCCACUGAUGCUGCGCAAACAUCCAACCCAGCCGCAGAGACGAAACCCUCAACAGAAGCUCUGGCAGAAACUUCCGCUGUUAAUGACUCAAAGGCGUCGGUGGGACCCAAAAACGAAACGGUAACUGGCGAGAAGCGCGACCUGGACUCAACCCUGGCCGCCCCAACCGAGAACAAGGAGCCUGUAUCAUCUGAGGAGCGUGAAGCCAAGAAGCAAAAAACAGAAGAGAAACCUACAAUGGAGUCCAAUGGUACCGCUGCUCCUUCUGGUACCGAAGAAGGGGCACAGAGGAAGGCCAACAAACCCAAGAAGGAAAAGAUCAAGGACGCAGUGAACAAGAUCAUUCCGGGAGAUGGCAUUGGCAGCCGGACUCGCAGUCGAACCAAGGGUGCUUAG